UAUUUCGUUCACUCUAGUCGUGACUAAUAGACGAACAAAGGUGAAGUAGCAACAAGAGGUAAUUAAUUUUUUUUCCUAAAAAAAGCUUAAGUACGUGGAUCUCAAAAUAUUUCAUCAGUUUGAUGAUGAGAAAAUAAAAACGCAACGAAAAUAAAGUCAGCCAAGUUAAAAAGUUAAUAACUAUAUAAAUUUUACCGUGCUUUCUUGGAGGCAGUCAAGUGGAAAUAGCCAACGAAAAACAGAACACUAUAAAAAAUCUAUUUUAAGAUCAUAAAUACACAAUAGAAGUACCAUAAACGAACAAAAAUGAGUCUUGUCUGGACUUUGAUUGCUGGCUUUCUGUAUGCCGAAAUAGCUUUAGUUCUAUUAUUGGUUUUACCAAUUGCCAGUCCCUAUAAAUGGAAUCGUUUCUUCAAAUCAAAAUUUCUGGCCAUGUUGGCCCAACAGGCUCAUCUAUACUUUUUCCUUAUCAUGGGCGUCUUAGUGUUAUUCCUUUUGGAUGCCAUACGUGAAAUGCGUAAAUACUCUCACCACGACCAUACUUCCGAUGUCCAUCUAAAUGUGGAAAUGCAGCACAGUAUGCGCCUGUUCCGUGCUCAGCGUAACUUCUAUAUUUCGGGCUUUGCUAUCUUCUUGGUAUUAGUUAUUCGUCGUCUGGUAACUUUAAUCUCGGCACAAGCCAAUCUUUUGGCACAGAGUGAAGCCUCUUUGAAACAAGCUCAAUCGGCUUCGGCUGCCGUAAAAUCAUUGAUGGCAGAAAAAACUACAGAGAAAGCUAAAGAAGCAACUGAAGAUAGUACUUUGGGCGAGAUUUCACAAUUGAAAGAACGCAUCCAUGAACUAACCUCUGAACUUAAUCGUGAAAAGAAGGAUAAAGAAGCCUUGAAAUCGCAAGCCGAAAGUUUGAAUAAGGAAUAUGAUCGCCUAACUGAAGAGUUCAGCAAAUUGCAAAAGAAAAUUACCAUCAGUGGUGCAACUGAGGGUGGUAAAGGCAAUUCUAAGGAUGAUUAAUUUUAUCAACUGCAUUGUUUACUAACAAAAAUAAAUAUAUAUGUAUGUAUACACAUAGUGUAUUUAAAGUAUAAUUAAAAUCAUUAAUAAGACUCUUCUAAAAUGUA